CACAUUUCACCAUUGAUCCACUUGCUAACGGACGGGAAAGGUUACCUGCUUCAACAGUGCUUGAACGGCAACCCUUCAGCUGUCUUCGGGCAUUAUCGCUUUGAUUUCCAUCGACAAUAUAUCAAAUCAAAUUUGUUAGCUUUAAACGACACCUAAGUCGAUUAUCCUAAACCCUUUUAACUCGGUAACUUACUAACGCUUUGUUUUACUAGCAACUCGAAUAAGACUCGACCUUCUCACAAGAAAACCUGCCACUGAAAAUUGAGCUAUGAAUUCCCAGGUGAGACAGAACUUCCACCAGGACUGCGAGGCUGCAAUCAACAGGCAGAUUAACCUGGAGCUGUAUGCCUCCUAUGUCUACCUGUCUAUGUCAUACUACUUUGACCGGGAUGACCAGGCAUUGCCCAACUUUGCCAAGUUCUUCCGUCAUCAGUCGCAUGAGGAGCGUGAGCAUGCUGAGAAGCUGAUGAAACUGCAGAACAAGAGGGGUGGAAGGAUCUUCCUACAAGAUGUCAAGAAGCCAGAGAGGGAUGAGUGGGCCAGUGGUGUUGAGGCCCUUGAAUGUGCCCUGCAGCUUGAGAAGACUGUGAACCAGUCGCUGCUGGACUUCCACAAGCUCUGCACGGAUCGCAAUGACCCACAUCUGUGUGACUUCAUCGAGACACACUACUUGGAGGAGCAGGUGAAGUCCAUUAAAGAACUGGGUGACUGGGUGACCAACCUGCGUCGCAUGGGGGCUCCACAGAAUGGCAUGGCAGAGUACUUGUUUGACAAACAUACCCUGGGCAAAGAAAGCAGCUAAACCCACCAAAUUACAUUUACAAAAGCCUCUAUACAUGUAUAUUUGUAUCUUGGCUAGUGAAUAUUUGCAGCCAUGAAGCCAUCUGCAUGGUACUGGCUAGCCACUUAAACCUUAGUCCUGUUUUGAUCGCUAUUUCCUGCACAUUGUACUUCAGUUUACUCCUGUGAGCUAUUGCAUUCAAAGCAGAGUCAUGUAUCUUGUCCUUUUGUCAUCGCUGUUUCAGGCCAGGAGCUGUUAAUUUAGCCAAAUAAAUCAAACCCUCUGGA